AUGCAAGGGUAAAAUGAUCUAAAAUUUUACCGAUCCGCGGUUGACACCGAUCCCGAGUUUUAAAAUUUUGGUCAUGAGUCGUGAAUCGUGAUGGAAAUAGGGAAGGAAAAAGCCGCAGAUUCUAGAGCUCUAGGUUAUUUAUCCGUCACACGCUGACCUUUCUUCACCGAUCAAAAGCUCUGGUGCGUGACAAAAUCAUUGGGAGGUGAAUCGAGGUAUCCAUUGAAGAGGAGGGUUAGUCGUCCGAGAGAUGCUGAAGAGCUGGUGAUGAGAAGCCCUAGCCUGAGCGUAAAAGGGAUCGCUUUGCGAGGAAUUGAUAGCUUCAGCAUCAAUCGUAAGGCUUGCUUUCCUCCUAAUCCUCCGCGUAGAUAUUUCGAUCAUAAAAAUCGACAUCGUCUUCCUGAACUUAAUCUUUCUCGGCAGUUUACGACAUCAGGUAUGGCAGAUGAUGCGAAGAAGAAGCAACAGCAACAGGAACAGGAUCCGUUGAUUGGGAAGAUAGAUGAAGACAAAGCGAAAGAGGUAUUAGAGGUACCAGCUCCACCUCCUCCGCCGCCGCCGGAGAAACCAGAGCCUGGAGACUGUUGCGGCAGUGGAUGCGUUCGAUGCGUUUGGGACAUCUAUUACGAUGAGCUUGAAGAUUACAACAACCGUUAUGGAAAAGCUACUCAAUCCAAAUAAGAAAAAAUCAAUUUUUCAAAACCACAUCGACUCUACCCCUUUGCGGAUUCCAUUUGAGUGGUUCUUAUCUCUUCCUUUCCGAUUUCCUCCUGUAUUUCUGUGGGUAAAAACUGGGUUUUCUCCAAUUUCUCUUGUAUUCCUGUGGGAAAAAAAAUUUGUUGUGUAAAUUAAAAGUGAAGGAUAUCGAUUCUUGAGAAGCCUCAUUAUUGUAUUAA